CGCCACUCCCAGCACCGAAGCCCAAAAAAAAUCGCCGAUUAUUUGAACCCGCCAUCGCCAGCAAAUAAAAAGGCAUUUCCGCAAAUCGACCGCCGGCGAGAGAGAGAGAGAGAGAGCUGAUAACGAAGGACGGUAAAGUAGCGGCGAAUCUCCGUCGACUCUGACCGGAACAUGUGGCGGAGGGUCGUCUCCGGUGGCCAUCUGCGCCUCCUCCCUUGCCGCUCCAUCCCUCGUCGAUCCGCAGCCUCCGCCGCCGCGAACCACCCCACCGUCUCCUCCGCCGUUAACUCCAUCCUCCUCCGCUCCCUCAAGGAGCACUACCUCGAAGUCUCCAAGAUGACUCCUCCUCCUAAAGUGAAUCCUCCAUCGCCAUUCACGAUCGUGAAAGGCGCGCUCGACGCGGACGGUCCGGUUCUCAAGCGAACUUACAACGACGAAGAGAUUAGCCUUUACGUUAUGCGGUUGGCGAAUCUGGCUCCUGGUGGUGGUGGAGAUGAGGACGGCGAAGACGACAUUAAUCAGUUGUUCCUUCACGUGAGCAUCGCAAAGCCUGCUCAGAAGGAGGCCUUGCAUUUUCUGUGUGGGUUGUAUCCGGAUGCGCUGGGGAUUCACUCUGUUUCGAUGAGGCCGAAGCUCGAGACCACCGGUUUUCUCGUGGUUCCGACUAAAUACAAUGGCCCUGUUUUCGAAGACCUUGAUGAAAAGGUGAGGGACGCGCUUCACAGUUACAUUGAGGAACGGGGGGUGAAUGAGAGUCUCUUCCCAUUUCUUCAAGCAUGGCUUUAUGUCAAGGAUCAUAGGGGUCUGAUGCGUUGGUUUCAAUCAGUGGGAACUUUUAUCAGCAAAGAUAAGUCUGCAAAAAAUGAUUAAUUUCAGUGAGUACUUCUAUUGCGGAAGAC